AUGUUUUACGACGGUUUCAAAAGAUUCGACAUGGCACCGCCGACGCUCGCCGCCCGCCUCGAGCAGCAAGCCCGCGACCCGAUCGACGUCCUCCGAGUGCGGCUCAAGGAUGUAUCAGAAACGUCCGUGCUGAACACGCAGCAGUUGCUCGAGAUCAAGACAGACUACCUCCACCGCGCCGAAUCAACGAAAGGUCAGUUGGAUGGAUUCGUCCAAGCCCAAAUCGACGAGAUCGAACGCGCGUCGACGCUGCUCUCGUUUGACGACAGCAUCGCGAAAGUGUCGCUGUCUCUCCGCAAUAUGGGCGCGAGCUGCCAACGCAUGCGCGAGGAGCUAGGCGACGAUGGCGUUGCGUCCGAAGUCAGCAUAGCACGGCGUAACCUGAAGGAUUUGCACACGCAAAUGCAAUUCUACGAGGACCUUCCUGCCACACUUGCAGAGAUGGAGCAGACGCUCCAAGUCAAUCUGGGCCAACUCGUCUCCGUCUUUAGCAAGUACCUCAUCAUGGACGACUGGCGACAAAAGAUGCUCUUGCAGCUGUACACGUCGGCCAAGGAUAACCAAGACGACACGUUCAACAGCAAGCACGUGUCGAAAGCGUUGGCGGCGAUUCUCCCGCGACUGAAUGACAUUGACCACGUCGGGAAGCGGAUCCUCGACGGCACAUGGAGCAUCGUGGUCAACUGCAUCGAGAUGGUCCAGUUUGACCGGAAACGACUCGUCGACGCGUUUCAAAUCGUCGAGCACCUCGAAAAACGGAGGCGCAAGCGUGUCGAUGCAAACAAGCUGUAUUUGGAUCAUUCGUUGCAACCGAUCAGCGAAAGCGCGGCGCCGUCUAUGUUCCACAUGUGCCGGGACCAGCUUGCCACAUCGCUCCAGGCCCGCGUCGCCGACUACUUUGUGCAUCCGCCCGACCAAGCCUUUGCGCAGGCCUUCAACGGGAUGCUAAACAACGCGUCCAACUUGUUGGUUGACUUGGAAUACGUCGAUCGCGACGUCGCAUCGUGCUUCCCCGCUGCGAUCGACGCGGUUCAAGUGUUUGUGGCGAGCUACAACACGGCGCUGGAAGUGCAGUUUGCCAAGAUUUGCGGCAAAGGCGACCUCGGCGUUGCCCAGAAGCUCCAGCUCGUGCAGUGGAUCGACUAUUACAACUCUCAAGUGGCCAGGUACCGAUCGGGCACGGUGUCGGCCAUCCUAGACCAGAACGCCAACCUCGUCAUGAAGCUGUACUUGGACGGCAUUCAAGAACAAAUCCACACGUGGGUCACCAACAUCUACAAUCGAGACGAAGAACCUGUCGUGGGGCCGUCGGGGGAACUGCACUCCACGCGCCCGAACGACAUCAUGAACAUUUUGUCGUCGCAGAUCACGAUCGCGCAGGAGUGGCUCAGUGGCGGGCUUCUCGCCCGCGUCGUCCUGGCGUGUUUGGCGGCGCUGAUGCAGCAAUUGAGAGCCCGCGCCGACCGGUUUGCCACGGCAUCGUGCACGGACAUGGAGAGCUUGUGCUCGUUCGUCAACGACACGGACGUGCUGCAGUCCAAGGUCGUCGAGUUGAUUGACAAGAUUCAAUUUCCUGGAUCGGCCGACCACGCCGACGAGGUGGCGAAACUCAACGCGGGCCUGGGCGACGCGCUGAACGCGACAUCGUCCGACAUCGUCGCGCUCGCCGUUCACGCGUGCAGUUUGAUUGUGCGCAAGAUCUUUGACGAGAUCGACGCGGACACGACAGCGCACUGGUUUGGCAAAAAAUGGGACGACCAAGAGCCUGUGGUCGAAAACGUGCUUGUGACGCUCGACGACUUCCUCAGGGAUCUCCACGCGUGGAUCAGCGGAUCGUUCUUCUACGCCAAGGUCGUGCGGUUUGCGCUCGACAGAUGCGUCGAUGAAUACACCAAGCGCUUUGUCGGGCGAACGGCAGCGUUGCCCAACGCCGAGGUGGCAUGCCGCGUCAUCGAGCAGGAUGUCAUGAAUGUGCACGGGUUUUUCUCGCGAUACGAGUCGGAACUCCGACGCACGGGGCUUCGCACGGCGGACGACGUGACCAAGCACCUGGAGCCGAUGAACAUGCUGAGUCUCUUGGUGAGUCGCAAGCUGACACUCGACGACCUCGCCCGAGACCUGCACGACCUCGACCAGCAAGGCCUGAUGGACGACGCCAGUGCAAAGCGCGCCAAGCUGCUCAAAGACGUCAUGGGUGCCACCAAGCGGUUGGUACCGUUGUCUGCAUCACAUGGAGCGGCGGCGGCGGCAGACGGGAGCAAGUCAAGCAAGGGCGGGAAACCCCCGAAGAAGUCCACGUUCUUCAAAAAGACCAAGGACAAGACAGUAGCGAAAGCGGACGACAACGGCAUGCCCGCGCCGCCGACGGAAGAUGCGUCCGACGCAGCCGCGGACUUUCAAGUGAAAACCACCAGUCUGGAUGCGUUCCUCAAUCAUUGA